AUGGGGAGAGGAAAGAUCGUGAUAAGGAGGAUUGACAAUUCGACAAGUAGGCAAGUCACGUUCUCAAAGCGAAGGAACGGUUUGCUGAAGAAGGCGAAGGAGCUUGCGAUCUUGUGCGAUGCUGAAGUCGGCGUUAUGAUUUUCUCCAGUACCGGAAAACUCUACGAUUUCGCCAGCUCCAGCAUGAAAUCAGUAAUUGAACGAUACAACAAAUCAAAGGAAGAAAAUUGUCAGAUACGGAGUUCAGCCUCUGAAAUUAAGUUUUGGCAAAGGGAGGCAGCAAUGUUAAGGCAACAAUUACACAAUUUGCAAGAAAGUCACCGGAAAAUGAUGGGGGAAGAACUGUCAGGUUUGACAGUCAAAGAAUUACAAAAUUUGGAGAAUCAAUUAGAAAUUAGCCUUCGGGGUGUCCGUAUGAAAAAGGAUCAACUUUUAAUGGAUGAAAUACACGAACUAAAUCGAAAGGGAAACCUCAUACACCAAGAAAAUGUGGAACUGUACAAGAAGGUAAACCUAAUUAGUCAAGAAAACAUGGAAUUGAAAAAGAAGGUCUAUGGAACAAAAGAUGAUAGCGAAACAAACAGAAGCUCUGUUCUCACAAAUGGUCUAGGCAUCGGAGAGGAUUUGCAAGCGCCUGUGAAUCUCCAGCUAAGCCAGCCACAGCAACAACACUACAAGGCUCCUUCAGGAACUACAAAAUUGGGCAGAUUGCAAUUGCAUUGA